GGGGGCAGGUAUGUUCUUAGUUGCAAGACAAGCCUCAGGCACUCAGUACUCACUAGGUGAAUACACUGAAGGGGGCUCUCAGUGCAUUUAGAAAAGAUUAGUGAUUACAGACCAAAAUUUGUGAAGUUACAAGAGUUGUUCGUGACAUCAGCGGCUCAGAUGAAUUUCUUAAUAAUCAGUGGAAAAAAUCAGCUUUAGAUAAUCUUUUACAACUGUGACAUCCCUCAGACUUUUGUUUCGCCCAUAAACAGUAAAAACAAGCCAGCUCAGGGCCCUUUAGAGAGGAUGACAUGCUCAGCGUCCCCGAACAAUUCUCUCUGAAAAUGCACAAACGUCUUUCUAGGUGGCAGGAUGAUUGACAAAGGCUGAGUGACUGCGUUUGAGUCACGUGACAAUACCCCCGCAGGACACCUGACAGAGGCCGAAGGAAGGUGUUUCCUAACCUGCUGACCUUCCGGACUGGUGAGAAAGCCCGCCCCCUCCUCCCGCCCGUCUUUAAGGAACCGUCCCGGCCAGACGUAAAGGCUGGCGGGCCGGCGGGGAGCGGAGGGCAGGAGGCAGGUGCGGGCGACGCGGCGCUUCGGGGUGGACACGCCGGGCCCCGCAGGCCCAGCGACGGCCGCCAGCCGCAGCCGAAGCUUUUGGAAAGCACAUCAAGUCUGACGUGAAAGAGGCUGCUCUCAGCCGUUACUGGAACCAUGAGCAAUAAUGGAACAGACCUAACCAUUGGGUUCAUCUCCUCUUCUGUAGCCAUCCUUUUGUUUGGCUCAAACUUUGUGCCACUUAAAAAAUAUGAUACUGGUGAUGGAAUGUUUCUCCAGUGGGUUCUUUGUUCGGCAAUAUGGUUGGUUGCCUUAGUGGCCAAUCUGAUGUUACGUUGCCCUAAAUUUUGGCCUUUUGCAAUGCUUGGGGGUUGCAUUUGGGCCACAGGGAACAUUGCUGUUGUCCCAAUUAUCAAAACCAUUGGUUUAGGCCUUGGCAUCUUAAUCUGGGGAUCAUUUAAUGCACUAACUGGCUGGGCAAGCUCAAGGUUUGGCUGGUUUGGAAUGGAUGCACAAGAAGUAUCAAAACCGCUCCUGAAUUACAUUGGUGCUGGACUAUCAAUAAUAAGUGCUUUCAUAUUUUUGUUCAUCAAAAGUGAAAUACCAAGUAACACGUGUCCCAUGGAUACCACACCCUUAAUGUCAGAGCAUGCGAUCAACACAAAUCAAGAUCCUUGUCCUAAUUACUCCUGGGUGGAUAAACUUUCUACAGUACAACACCGCAUAGUGGGCUGUAGUCUUGCAGUGAUGUCUGGAAUACUCUAUGGAUGUACGUUUGUGCCAAUCAUUUAUAUCAAGGACCACAGCAAAAGAAAUGAUAGUGCAUAUGCAGGGGCAAGUCAAUACGAUUUAGAUUAUGUUUUUGCACACUUCAGCGGCAUCUUUCUUACAAGUACAGUCUACUUUCUGGCCUACUGUAUAGCCAUGAAAAAUAGGCCUAAACUAUAUCCUGAAGCAGUCUUACCAGGAUUCCUUUCGGGAAUGCUUUGGGCAGUAGCCACCUGUUGCUGGUUCAUAGCUAAUCACUCUCUAAGUGCUGUGGUCAGUUUUCCAAUAAUCACUGCUGGUCCAGGAUUGAUAGCUGCGAUGUGGGGUGUCUUCAUGUUUAAAGAAAUACAGGGUCUACAAAACUACCUAUUAAUGAUACUUGCGUUUUGCAUCAUCUUGGCCGGAGCUUUAUGCACUGCUUUCUCUAAAAUCUAACAAGACCAGCAGAGGGCAGCGGUGGGUAAGAGACUGCCUCAGCUCAGGACGGGAGAGAGGAUGCUGAGAGAAAGUUCAUUUUCUCGCUGCAAAUGGAUCUCAGCUACUCUUGGAGUGUGUAAAUGAUUUCUUUUCCUUUUUUUUUGCAAUAUGAUAAUGAAGGAAAACUGAGUUUCAGUCAAGUCUAAAAAGAAAAAAUUCUUCUGAUGAAUUGUAUAUGAAGGUAGGAAUACCCUGGGUGAUUAAAAUGUCUACAUUCUUUUAGCAUUACAGUGGGGGUGCUCUUUUCACAAUAUGUGACUAGUGUUGCCUAAUCUAGAAAACCAUAUGGGGUUCAUAUGGAAAGAAUUCAGUCAGAAUUUCCAACUUACUACCCUCAUUAGUCAGGACAGACAGAAAUACCUUGGGGGGUGGGGAAGACCUGCCUUAUGUUAGAAUUAGAUUCCAAAGACAUCUAGGUCCUUGCUAAAUCAGAAAACGUCAAAGAUGGUAACUGAAUGUUAAAACAGCUAUUUCACUAUUUUUAGUAAAAGCAUUUUUAUUUAAAUUAAUAUUGCCCAAGUCUACCUCGUCCAUUCAGCAUGAACUGUUUUUGACUAUCUCCAGGUAAAAUCCAUCCAAGGAGAACUAAAAUUUUUCAUCAUUGAGGAUAUGUGUAUAACAUAUAUACAAACAUACUUAAGUGUAUAUUUCUGUGUAUAUAUACAUAUAUAUACACUAUUCUAAUUUUGAGGGAGCAUUACAGAAUGAAGCCAAGUUCUAGCUUAUCAGGGUGAGAAGUUUUAAAGGGAUUAACACUCUUCUGUAUAAUUUAUUGUUGUUGUGUUUUUUUCCCCCCUGAAAUAUACUGUUACCUAAAAUCCCUGUUUUAACUGGUAGUUUACCUCCUUUCUUCCACUGUUAAAUAGCUGUUUCCACUAGCUAAAGGAAAAGGACACUCUGGUUUUCUUUCUUUAUGAAAACUGAAAUGGAAAUACUGGUACAAUGCUUAUCACAAUGGUUCCCAUUUUCUAGUUGCUUCUAGUGAGAACUUCUAGUAAAAUAUAAGUUUACACACUCCACCUAAGAGGGCAACAGAGACCGAGCAGCGUGCUCAUUGUAGUUGUAUGACUUUGGACAAGUUAGUGAGUCUCCUGUAUCAGACUACUCACCUAUAAAAGGGUGGUAAUACCUCCAUCACAUGGUUAUUGUGAGUUUCAAAUUAGUUACAUCUGUAAAGUAUGUUCCAGAGAGUCUAACAAGCACUGUAUAAAAUUGUUAGCUAUUAUUAUGUGUCUGUCUAUUGAAGAAGACCUUGAUAAGGACUGUUGCCUUUAUGCCCCGCCCCAAUCCAAACAAUUACACUUCUUAUUUUUCUAUGGAUACAUUUAAAGGAAUGAUGCUGGGAUCCUUGUUUAAUUAUUGAGGUGCUAAUAAAAACAUUUGAUUGUAACAUCUUUUAAAAACUCAUUUUAAUUUCAACCUGAAAUGUCAUUACUCUGAUAAAUUUUGAAAAAUUGGCAGGAUACAAAAGCUGUUUUUUCUCAUUUGAAUAUAUUUUUAGAAUGUUUUAUGGGAUAUGUUUUAAUUAUUUUUGCAUUGAUAUUGCCAAUUUAUAUGCAAAAUUUUUAUGUGAAAUAAAGCAGUUGCAGAAGAAAAAUGUAAAAAAAAUCUUAUUUCUACUGUAUGUUUUCUCCUACCAGGUGAUGCCUAUGGUGUUAGUAAGAGCAGUGUGGAAAAAAUAAACUUUUCCUAAAUGGUUACCAGACAAACAGCUUACUUUUUUAGAGGUUAGUCUAGAUGGAUAGUUUUCUUUGGUCACCUUCGGAAGCAGUGCCUUUCUCUCUGGAAGUUUGGGGGUUUUAUUUUUCUUUAUUGUUGAUCACUGCCAAAUUCUUGUGUUUAUUUUAACUUUUUUUGACUUGGCUUUCUGUCUUACCUCUCUCUGAAAUGGCAGCCUUUUAUGUUCCAAAGAGAUCCUGACACCUUGUGUACAGAGAGCGCUAAGUAGAGAAGCUGUUAGUUGCUGUCCAGUCAGCUCCAAAGUACAAAGGUAGCUACCCAAUAGGAUGGCAUCCAGUUUAUGGGAGUUUUCUACUGUAGGAACACAGAAUUCUAGUGAGUCUUAAGGAAUUAAUAGUACAGCAUUUGCCCUGAACUACCGUCCUCCUUUUAAUCCUGUUGUACUGAUUUAUUUUUACUUAGAGUUGCUAACUGGUAGAUAUACGUGUGUCAAUGUUGAUAGAACUGAGAAACGGAUUGAGUGAAAUAAGCACCUUGUGGAACCUUGAGCUCAGCAUGAUGCCAUUUGAGGAAAUUUAAAAAAGUAAUAUGUGUUUUAAAAAACAGAUACAAAACUCUUAAUAGUAAGUAGUUGUUUCUAGUGAGGGUAAAUGGGAUCAGAAUGGUAAUGCUGGGGUCAAGGUGAACUUUAUCAUUUUUGGUUAUAUUCUAAUUUUAUCAGCAAUGAAUUUGUAUACGUGUUCUUCGAAAUAUUUUAAAGAAUCACCAGAAAAAAGCUCAGAAGCAUCUGUAUGUCCAAACGUUAAAAUGAUUGAGUCUGGGUGGAGAGAAUAUAAGGAGCCCUGGUGAUGCAGUGAUUAAGUGCUUGGCUGCUAACUGAAAUGUUAGUGGUUUGAACCCACCAGCCACUCCGGGAGAGAAAGAUGUGGCAAUCUGGUUCCAUAAAGAUUUACAGCCUUAGAAACCCUAUGGGGUAGUCCUACCCUGUCCUAUAGAGUCUCUAUGAGUCAGAAUCAACUUGACAGCAGCGGGUUUGGUUUUUGGUUUAGAGAGAAUGUGGCAAAUGUUUUCCGAUUUGGUAUUUCUGAUACUUUUUUAAAAUUUCAAAACACACGCAAGGCAAAGAUUUUAAAGUUGUUUCAGAAAUUUGUCACUUAAAAAAAUUACAAGUACUUCAUAGGCUGUUUUAAUGGACUGUAAUGAGGCAAUAUUUACACACAACAGAAUUCACCCUUUUAAGCGAACGGUCAGCAAAUAUACACAUUCGUGUAAUCACCACCAUAAUCUAGAUAGAGAACAUUUCCAUCAACUCAAAAAGCCCCUUUAUGCUCUUUUGCAGUUAGCCCUCCACCUCCUGCUCCUUCCUGCCACCCUGGGUCAGUCUGCCUCUUCUAGAAUUUCACAUAGAUUGAAUCAGGUAGUAUGUACCAUUGGGUGUCUGGCUGCUUUUAUCUUACAGCCAUUUUUAAAUUUUUUUUUAACUGGUCUAAAACAGUUAUAAUCCAUCUCAAUUAUUUACACUAAUGGAAGAAAGCAGAUGUGUAUAUUCAGUAUAAAAACUUAAAGAGAGUCUAGCAAACACUAUUUAAUUGUUAGUUUUAUCAACAUUUACAAUUGUUAAUAAUAUAUUUAAGUGUGUGAUAUGUCACAUUCCAGAUAGUCCUUAUGUUUUAAAUUAAUGGUCUAGCUAAGACCUGGUUAAAAAGAAUUCUUAGCUGCCCUUUAAGUCUGUCUCCAUUCUAUAAUGUUCUCUUUUGAGGGGCUGUAAAGUAACGGACUGCUUAAACCAAAUCACCUUCAUUUUCUACAUGUUGAGAAAAAUGCACAUUCUUGAGUUUCCAGCAAAGACCUAGUGGAUUAUAAUCUCUGGGCUGAAAAGUGGGAAUCUGCAUUUGUUACAAGUAUCCCAGCAUAACAAGUAUACUUAUUAUACUAUUGCUCUAAAUUUUUAUAUUUAUGGCUUAUACUACAGCAACCACAUGACUUAUACCUUGAUAUUGACAAGGUUUAAAGGAACUAGGGUUAUUAAAAAAUACAAAAGAAUAUCCUGUCUUCUACUCCUAGUAAAAGAGAAAGGAAAUAAAAGAGUGGGUAUCCAUUUAAAAUACUACGAGGACUUUUUAGGAGAGAAAAUGAAAUGCUUAAAACCAAUCUGAUUUAAAAAAAUUCUUCUUUUCUUUUGGCUCGGAGUGCCUAACUCUCAUAUCCUAACUCUCCUCCAAGGAUUGCUAGCCAGGUCUGUUUUCAUGUCAGACUCUGCAUACUAGUUACUUCUUCCUCUAGUGCUAGAAUUUCUAACACAAUUAACAUUGUCAAGAUUCCAUGAAAAUAUACAAACAAAAAUCCCAUUUUCCAAAUGGAGAUUUUCUAACAAGGCCUAAUGAAGCAAAUCAGUAAAUUUAAUUAGAGAGGAAGAUGGUUUCUUGGGUUGGAGAUGUGAGACUAUAACAUGAUCAAAAAAAUCCAAACACCUUGCCAUCAAGUCUGACUCAGAGCAACCCUGUAGGACAGAGUAGAACUGCCCCAGAGGGUUCCCAAGGAGCAGCUGGUGGAUUCAAACUGCCAAGCUUUCGGUUAGCAGCCGCAGCUUUUAACCACUGCACCACCAGGGCUCCUGUAGCAGGAUAUUGCAAACUUACUCAAGCAUUCUACGUGAUUUUCUAAAGAGUCUGAUAGGCCCUGCUCAGAGACACUAGCUGUUUUGUUUUUUUCACUUACCAGCAAGGUACUUGUAAGCUCUGUUUCAAAUUCAUUCGUCCCUUACGUAACUAAGGAAUUUAUAAAUCUGUCUUUCCCAUAUACCAUAAAGUUUUGAUUGUAUGAAACUCAUCUCAGAUCAUUUUUUUUUCCAACAGAAAAAGCUUAAUUGUCUCCUUUUCACCAAAAGUAUUUGAGAAUUAUAUUGGCUUCAUAUGCAUGUGAUGGUUAAAAAUGACUGUGAACUCCAUGAGAAUAGAGAUUGUUUCCUUCAUCUAUAUACUUCAUAUUCCUAGCGCAGUGCCUGGUACAUAUUACUUGUGAGUUACAGUUUUCUCUUCAGUGAACUGACAUUUUGUAUCAUUGUCCUUUGAUCUAUUAAAAUAUUAAAUGUUUUCUUCUGGAUCUGUGUGCACUCUACAUAAAU